GAGUAUCUUCUACAAUGUCUGACGAAGCCAACAGAACCGCAUUUAUGGAGAUUAAAGGUCGCAUGAUUGAAACUACUGGCAAAUUGAAGCAGGUGCACAACCAAAUGCGAAAUAAAGAAGGGGAGAAUAAGUGUGCUUACUUAACCUUGGAGGAGCUGCGCCAAUUACCUGAUGAUACAAAUACAUACAAAUCCAUAGGGAGAACGUUUGUUCUGGAGCCCAAGUCAAUUUUAAUGAAUGAACAAGAGCAGAAAUUUAAGGAUAGUGAAACUGCAAUUGCAGCAUUACAGCAUACCUCAAAUGAAUACCUAGAGAAGCAGAAGGCAGAGGUGGAAAACAACUUGACAGAGCUCUUACCACAAGAUCCAGGUCUCGCACAACAGAUUAUGUCCGUGACUGUAAUGUAG